UGCAACGGCUUCCAGCAGAUGCCGCUGUCAAAGACGUAGCUGGCGAACACUUGCGGGUCUUUUGCAACGAAUGCACGUGGCAAUGGGCCAAGAAGAUUGGCACCAGCUACGAAAAAGCCAAAGAAUUGAGGUUCGGCAGCGAUGAAGCCUUGGCCGAAGACUUCGCACAGAGCUACAACGCGGAGACCUUCAGCCAAGCGCUGCGGGCGCGGGGCGUCGUACGGCGAGGGACGGCGUCCUGCAGAUGGGAGGUGCAGCUGGAAGAUGGGACUUGGGGUCCUUAUGAGGAGGACGCUUCGGCUUCCAUUGAGUCAGCACACCAGCUGGGGCAGCCGGAAUUGGAACUCAGACUGGGGCCACGAGGUUGGCAGUAUACGAUCGAUCUCCAGAACCAGGUGCAGCGAAAUGACAAGACCAAGAAAUCACGUCCCAUUCGAAGGACGGAGGUUGCUACCUCUCCGGUUUCACCCGAAGGGGUGGCCGGUGGCGCCCGCCUCACAGAAGAUGAACUGGCAGAAGCCAUACGUUAUUUCGUGGGUUUGUGCACUCUGCCUUCGAAAGCGACUUUGUCUCCGGCGCCACCACCAUCACGGCCAAGCGGGAGCAGCGCUACACCCAGUGCGUGACCUCACCAGCCGCCGUCAUUGAUCAUGACAUUGGAACCCUAUGUGAGCACAUGUGAUCCUUAGCAGCUAAGGCCAUGAAAGUGUUGAACAAUUC